AUGCCACCUGAAAAUGCGCGAAUAGCCCGACAACCAUUAUCACCCCCGAGUUCACCACCCGCCUCGUCAUUGAUAUCAUCAUUAACCUCUGGAUGCCAAUCUACUCGACCUCUUCAAUCUCCAUCAAUUGAUGUCCUUGCUUCACAACUUGGGAGCUCUUCUUUGGAACAUUUCCAUCACGAUUCUUCCCGCUCGACUACACGGCUUCCGGAAACCGCUCUAUCACUUAUUUCAUUACCCGACGGUGACUGCAUCAAUGUACAGUCGAUACUCAACCAUCAGGGUUCCGACAUGGAGCUUGAUCCCCACAAAGAAAUGAAAACUACGAAAUCUCGUAAUUGUCAUCCGAGAAACGCCCAAGAGCGUUUUGCUUGUGCUUUUGAUGGACCUUUCAAUCCAUUUAUGCCCAUUACUGUUGAUCCGACAACUCUUAGUGAAGGUCCGGGGGAUGCCACAAGGUCAAUGUACAGGCCCAAUGCAAACGGCGGCUUUCAGGUAGAUGAAGGAUACUGUGAAGACGAGGAUGAUUUCUCUUGGCUUCAACCACUUGUACCACGAAGGACGACUAGUACACCCGAUGGAAUUAAGAAGCGCUACGAGCUUGGGUAUCGAAGAUCCGCUGAUGCUGCAAGUCGUUGUCGCAACACCAUUCACAGUGUACCUCGAAUGCGACGACGCGACAAGAAGAGAAGCAGGCAACCGCAAACCCACUUUACGGCAAGCUCCGUCAGAGGCCGCUCGGAUUCACAAACCUCGCAGAUGGCUAUCUCAACACAGUGA